UUCCUUUGCUAACUUUUUGCCUGAUGUCUUUUCAGGGCGUGUUCUUCUUUGUCACUAACGUUGUAAUGGAUCAAGAGGUGUGCACUACAUUUAAAAAACGGUUUUUAAAGAAACAUUAUUCCUGGAGUUUCUUUCGAACCUCUUCAACUCCCAGCGUGCAGGACGGUGUCAGACAAGGAGACAUUUUAGCUGCAUCUGUUAAAAGGGCUACAGCCUACUCCAAUGAAUCAUUCAGUUCCCGAAAAACCUUUGAAAAAAGGCAAAUGGAAGGAAGAAGGAACGAAAACAGACUUUAUUCGCCCAACAGUGAUAUAAAAAGACAGUGGCAGGAAAUGAAUGAGUACUGAUUCUUCCUCACUCAAGAUUUCUCAUUCCUUAGAUCCCUAGAUAUCUAUAAUUGUCAAUCGUACAGCACUAUGUUGCACAAUUGCGUUAAGGCUUUACUUUGUAGUUUUAACCAUGUUGCUUUCCGUUUAGUCCUAGAAAUUAGGUUUGCCGUCUCUAGUUCAUUUACUCUCUCUCUCUCUCUCUCU